UUCCACUCCCACAGUCCUCUUGCCUUUGUCCUCUGACGACUCUCGUGUCCACACUGUCGGCAGUGAUCGCGAUCCGGCUAAAGGCCCAUCCUACCCCACCCCAUUCCACUUUGCCACUCUCUUGUCUUUUUAAGUUCGUCAACAAGUCACAGCAGAUCUUGAACUCUGCAGAGAAGGAGCUUCAAGCUCUUAUACCAACUUCAAGCUCUUGCAAGUAAAGGGCAUUUUCUGAACAUUGCUUAAAUAUUUUAUUGAAGGUCGAAGCUUUUGAUACUCUGCUGGUUGACGGAAGCUAAUAAAAUGGCUUCAGGAAGCAUCUCCCAAGGAAUCAGAGGGAGGGCAUCCAAAUGUUUUUCAACAGUUACUACUAUGACUCUGCUUGGAUUCUGUUUGAUUGGGAUUUGGAUGUUGAUGUCAUCUUAUAAUAUUCCUCUACAGAACAUUGAGCUCUCUUCUGCAGAGAACAGGAAUGAGGUCAAAACGAGAGUAACCAGAAGUGUUAAAGGACGAUUUGCACUCAGUUUAGAUGAUUCACAAACAGAUGUGGGGAUUGAUGGGACAGAAACUUCUGAGGCUGAGAUUAAUAACGAUUCUGAGUCCAGCUCAACUCACAGUGAUGAAGACAGUCAAGAGACCAGCUCAAAUGAUGAAGAGACAAGCCAAGUGGGUGAAGAUUUAAAUAAUGAUGCCCAAAAGUCGAAUUCUGAUGAUUCAGAUCAAGCAGAGGAAAGUCUCCAAAGAAAUACAAAUGAGUCAGAGGACAAUACUGGAGAGAACACAGGGAAUUCUGAGCUUACAGAUCAAACAGUGCACACAGAGGGAAGUGAUGAAAAAUCAGAUCAAGAGGAUAAAUAUAGCACUGAGACUAAGCAAGAUGAAGAUGCAGAUAACCUUGUAACUAACCAGAAAAGAGAUGAAGUUUUUCCAUCAGGAGAUCAGUCUGAGAUUUUGAAGGAAACUGUAACUCAAAAUGGCCCUUGGUCAACUCAAGCUGCUGAAUCCGCAAAGGAGAAAGAAUCACAAGAAUCUGAACUUUCGGUGGGACAUAAUGAAUAUAAGUGGAAGCUGUGUAAUACCAGUGCUGGACCAGAUUAUAUCCCCUGCUUAGAUAAUUUACAAGCUAUUCGAAAUCUCCCAACCACAAUGCACUAUGAACAUCGUGAGAGGCACUGUCCAGAAGAAGCUCCUUCAUGUCUUGUUCCACUUCCUGAAGGAUACAAGCAGCCGAUUGCAUGGCCUAGGAGCAGGGAGCAGAUAUGGUAUACUAAUGUACCACACACCAAGCUUGCUGAGGUUAAAGGGCAUCAAAAUUGGGUCAAAGUUAGUGGUGACUAUCUUACUUUUCCAGGCGGUGGUACUCAGUUCAAGAACGGAGCUCUACACUACAUUGACUUCAUCCAAAGCGCACUUCAGAGCAUUUCAUGGGGAAAAAGAACUCGUGUAAUUCUGGAUGUUGGUUGUGGGGUAGCCAGUUUUGGUGGAUACCUUUUCGAGAGAGAUGUGCUUGCAUUGUCCCUUGCUCCAAAGGACGAGCAUGAAGCACAAGUACAGUUUGCGCUAGAAAGAGGCAUUCCUGCUAUAUCAGCAGUUAUGGGUACAAAGAGAGUACCGUUCCCCAGUAAGGUGUUUGACGUCGUUCACUGUGCACGCUGUAGAGUUCCAUGGCAUGUUGAAGGUGGUAAACUUCUAUUAGAAUUGAACCGUGUCUUGCGGCCUGGCGGUUACUUUGUAUGGUCUGCAACUCCAGUAUAUCGGAAAGGUCCUGAAGAUGCUGGCAUUUGGAAAGCUAUGUCAGAACUGACAAAGUCAAUGUGUUGGGAGCUAGUGGUAGUAAAAGAAGACAAGUUAAAUGAAGUAGGGGUAGCUAUAUUUAGAAAGCCAACUUCAAAUGAUUGUUAUGAUAGUAGAACACAAAAUGAGCCACCAAUGUGCAAAGAGGGUGAUGAUCCAGAUGCUGCAUGGGAUGUUGAACUCCAGGCAUGUUUGCACAAAAUUCCUACAGAAGCAUCAAGCCGUGGAUCGCAUUGGCCUGAGGUAUGGCCAAAGAGGUUGGAGAAAGCACCUUAUUGGUUACAGAGUUCCCAAACUGGAGUUUAUGGUAAAGCAGCUCCAGAAGACUUUGCUGCUGACUAUGCCCAUUGGAAAAAUGUUGUGUCACGAUCAUAUCUGAAAGGUUUUGAUAUUGAUUGGUCAUCAGUAAGGAAUGUCAUGGACAUGAGAGCUGUGUAUGGAGGAUUUGCUGCAGCACUCAAAGAAUUGCAAAUCUGGGUCAUGAACAUUGUUCCGAUAGAUUCGCCUGACACACUUCCUGUAAUAUAUGAGCGUGGGUUGUUUGGGAUGUAUCACGACUGGUGCGAAUCAUUUAGCACAUACCCCAGAUCAUAUGAUCUUCUUCAUGCUGAUCAUCUUUUUUCUAAGAUCAAGCAAAGAUGCAGCAUUGCAGCCGUGAUUGCAGAAGCUGACCGGAUUUUGAGGCCAAAAGGAAAAUUAAUUGUCCGAGACAAUUCUAAAAUGAUUCUUGAACUGGAGAAAAUUGCCAGAUCGCUACAUUGGAAAGUGAAAUUUACUUUCUCCAAGGACGGUGAAGGAUUAUUGUGUGUGGAAAAGACAUUUUGGCGUCCAACACGAACAGAAACUUUACAGUCAGCCUUCGCAUAGUCGCUGCUUGCGUAUGCUGCAUUUCCAGAUUCACCAGUUUAUUUCUUAGUCAUACAUAUGAUAAAGUUCAUUAUAAAAUCACUAGCUAGCUAGUCUACAACCUGGUCGGGGGAUGAGGGUUGUGCUCAACUCAAUGCGGUCUAUGAUAUUUACUAAUGGUUCCACAAUAUAUAUUGUAUGUAUCCAAGGUAAGACAAUAAGAAUGUUAUUAAGUUUGAUUCGUUUUUUAUUAUUAUCGAGAAUUGCAGAAACCAAAUUUCCACAAGCAUAAAUGCCAAUCACAUUUUCCAUUAGUUUGAA